GCAUCGGUUGAAUGGUGGUAGCUUUAUAUCGACUCGCAAACAAUUUAAUUUUUGAGGCUAUAGCAAAAGAAUCCUUACAUUUAUUUCCUAGUUAUAUCUACAUUAUUUUCGACCCUAAACCUGCAUUGGGUGCCUGGAAUGAGCGUAGAUGCUAAUUGUUGUAGAUCACCAUUAGUGGACGGCUAGCAGUUUUAGCGAGCUACUGUUAGCCUCGCCGUCGUCCCGUCGCCAUUAGAGUGAUUUGAACCUCGAAAAGUCGCGUCGUCAUGGGCGAGGUGGAGCUGUCGUGCCGUGCGUACGUCAAGAUGUACCUGCACGCCUGCCUUUCCCCCCGCUGUAGCGUCAACGGGCUGCUGUUGUCCUCCGGCCCGGCAGGGGGCGCCGUCUGCGUGACCGACUGCGUGCCGCUGCUGCACUCGCACCUGUCCCUGGCGCCCAUCACCCAGCUGGCCCUCACACAGGUAGACGUGUGGUGCUCGCAGACGCGGCAAAGGAUUGUGGGCUACUACCAAGCCAAUGCCUGCGUGUCAGACAGCAGUCCGACCCAAGGAGCCCUGAAGAUCGCCGAUAAGAUCGCCGAGCAGUUCGACGGCGCCGUCCUGCUCAUGCUGGACGGCGGCAAGAUGUCUCCGGACUAUCGGGUCCCUCCCAUCGUCAUGUACGAGCGCAAGGACUCGAGAUGGACGCUCAAAGACAAGCACAUGAUAAUGCUGAGGCAGUGGGAGGAGACCCGGGCGAUCGCCGGCCAGCUGCUGGAGUCGGGCGACCGCUCGCUCCUGGUGGAUUUUGACAGCCACCUGGAUGACAUCACCAAAGACUGGACCAAUCAGAAGCUCAACGCCAAGAUCGCCGAGCUGGCCUCGCCGGCCAAUGGGAACAUCUAA